AUGACAAUUUUUAGGAAAUACAAUUCAAAUCCCGAUAAUACGGCGGGCCUUCCGUCGCCUGACCUUAGUCCAGCGGAAUCCCGUCUAACCAAGCCAAGGUCGUUUCGCCAUCGCCGCAGAACAACACGUGAGACGAGAGUUACCAGCAGUCGAGCCCCGCUUGAAUUUCAGACCUCCGUCGUCCGAUCUUCAUCCCGCCGGCAGCCGCUGAGCAGCGCCGCCGUACGUCGACAGCACCGGCGGCCAUCUCUUUCCUACGCACCCGAAACUAUCAGCAAAGUCCUGCAAUGGAGAUUAAUUUCACAGUCUGCCCCAAUCCAAAUCGGAGAGGCCCUUUUCGGUCCUGACGAGGGGAUUGGCCCACGAUGCUUCCUAGCUGGCGCGGCGGGCCUGCUCGGGAACUUCACUCUGAAUUACGGGCUCUACUUGAAUUUAGAUUUUGCCGCCACAACCGACAAAAACGCACUUGUCCAAUUCAAAACUUCCAUCACCUCCGACCCUUACCGUCUCUUGGCCACAAACUGGUCGAUCCAUACCUCUUCCUCCUCUGUUUGUCAAUGGAUUGGUGUUUCGUGCGGCACCGAACACAAUAACAGAGUCACGGGACUUAACAUUUCCGGUUUUGGCCUCAGAGGAACUCUGUCCCCACAUCUUGGGAACUUGACGUUUUUAAAAUACUUAGACAUCAGUUAUAAUAAUUUCACGGGGCCCAUACCUCGCGAGCUGUCUCGUCUGCGCCGCCUGAGGUCUAUAGAUAUGGGAUUCAACUCGUUCGCCGGACAAAUACCAACCUGGUUUGGGGCGUUUCCUCAACUCGAGAUAAUGCGUCUGAAUAACAACACGUUCACAGGGGCCAUACCUCAAGAGUUGUCCCUCUUGCAGGGCCUGAGGCAUAUAGAUAUGGAAGCCAAUUCACUGACCGGACAAAUUCCAGUGUGGUUUGGCGCUUUACCUCAACUUGAGCGACUGAACCUUAGAAACAACAAACUCAACGGAAAGAUUCCGGAGGAGAUUGGCAAUUGUUCUUCCCUGCAAAUACUAUAUUUGACGCUUAACCAAUUGACUGGUUCCAUUCCGUACAUUAUCUUCAAUUUGUCAUCCAUUAGAGAGAUUCGAGCUUCGUUUAAUCACCUCUCGGGUACGCUUCCAAGUGAUAUGUGCAACAAUCUACCCAACCUGACUUUUCUUUCGGUGUCGAGCAAUCAAUUGGAGGGCACCAUUCCACCAAAUAUAGGCAACUGCACAAAUCUCGAGGUCCUUUCGUUAUCCAUCAACCGUUUCAAUGGUAUAAUUCCAACUGAAAUUGCAAGUUUGAGCAUGCUUAAGGAGUUGUAUCUGGGAGCUAACGAGUUUAAAGGUAAUUUACUAAAAGAGCUGAAUAAGUUGGCAUUCCUUGAGGCAUUCUUCGUGGGCAGCAAUCAAUUGUCCGGAUCAAUCCCACAAUUGAUCUUCAACAUAUCAACUUUGAAGGUUUUAGAUCUUACAGAUAAUCACUUCACUGGAAGUCUUCCUCUCUCUCCAGAGCUCUCACUUUCAAAUCUCAGAAAAUUGUAUUUGUGGGGCAAUAAACUCAAUGGGGAGAUUCCUAUUUCUAUCAACAAUGCUUCUAAUCUAUAUAGGUUGGAAUUGGAAAAAAACUUAUUCAGUGGCUCCAUACCCAACUUGGGCAGCUUAAGGCUCUUACGUAGGCUUUACAUUUGGGGUAAUUCUCUGAGUGGAUUAGGAUUUAUCUCUUCAUUAGCUAAUUGCCAGUUCUUGGAGUAUUUAGAGAUUUCAGAAAACCCACUUAACGGCAUCCUCCCAGAUUCCAUUGGGAAUUUAUCAAAAUCUCUUACAGGUUUCCAGGCAUAUGACUGCAACAUUAACGGAGUUAUUCCUUCUACCAUCGGAAACCUGAUUGGUCUGCAACUUAUAAACUUAUCAGAAAAUCAAAUCACAGGAGUUAUACCUCCAACAUUAGGGAAAUUAAAUCGGCUUCAGAGAUUAUCUCUUCAUGCCAAUCAACUGCAUGGGUUUAUACCUCAAGAUAUUUGUGGGAUGAGUAAUAUAGGUGAAUUGUACCUUGAUGAAAAUAACCUCACAGGUCCCAUACCUGAAUGCUUCGGUGAGCUUAAAUCCCUAAGAUAUGUCUACUUAGGUUCUAACAAGUUGAAUUCCAGCAUACCUCUCAACUUCUGGAAUUUGAAGGACCUUUUGUUUCUCAACUUGUCCUCAAACCGUUUGAGUGGUCAACUUCCAUAUGAAAUUGCAGGUUUGAGACAACUAAAUCAGCUAGAUUUGUCCUAUAAUCAAUUUUCUGGAGACAUUCCAAGAUCAAUCGAUGGUUGCGAAUCAUUAACGUCUCUAAAUUUGUCAGAUAACAAAUUUGAAAGAUCCAUUCCUCCAUCACUGGGAAAUAUCAGAAACUUAAUGGCAUUGGAUUUAUCUAACAAUAAUAUUUCGGGGCUAAUACCUGAGUCCUUACAGGGCCUCAAAUUCCUUCAAUACUUUAAUGUGUCUUACAACAAAUUGGAAGGAAUGAUUCCCACAGGUGGCCCUUUUGUUAACAUUACUUCUCAAUCUUUUCUUCACAACUCUGCUCUUUGUGGAGAUCAAAGAUUUCAAGUGCCCCCAUGCAUUGGGAACAAUCUCAAGAAGAAUUCUAGACUGAAGAAAGUUGAUCGGCUGAUGAAGUAUAUUGUGCCUCCAUUCAUUUCAGUUAUCAUAUUAACAGCCAUUAUACUACUUGUGUUGGUGAGGACACGAAAACCAAAAAGAGUGCUUGCUCCUACUGAUGAUGUUUUGCUUGGUGUUACUUGGAGAAGAAUCUCAUACAUAGAACUUGUUAGGGGAACUGACGCCUUCAACGAAACAAACUUACUUGGAAACGGCAGCUUUGGUUCGGUUUUCAAAGGGGUGCUUUCUGAUGGACUAAAUGUUGCAGUGAAAGUCUUCAACUCGCAAUUAGAAAGAGUUAUCCGCAGUUUUGAUACGGAAUGUGAAAUACUUAGCAGCAUUCGACACAGAAACUUGGUCCAAAUAAUUGGUUGUUGUAGCAACACAGAAUUCAAAGCUUUGAUUCUCGGGUUCAUGCCAAAUGGCAGCCUCGAGAAAUGGUUGCACUUGGAAAACUGUGUCUUGGAUUUGAUAUCAAGGCUGCAAAUUGCAAUAGAUGUUGCAUUAGCCUUGGAAUACCUCCAUCAUGGCCAUACAUUCCCGGUCGUGCAUUGUGAUAUAAAGCCGAGUAAUGUAUUGCUUGAUGAGGAUAUGGUUGCCCACCUUUGUGAUUUUGGGAUCGCCAAGCUCUUUGAUGAUGGAGAGAAUAUUGUUCUUACGAAAACCUUGGGGACAAUUGGUUAUGCCGCACCAGAGUAUGGAUCAGGAGGCAGAGUGUCAACAAGUGCAGAUGUUUAUAGUUAUGGCAUACUGUUGCUGGAAAUGUUCACGAGCAAGAAGCCAACUGAUGAUAUUUUCAAUGAAGAGAUGAGCUUGAAGGAGUGGGUACUUGAAGCGAUACAAGAAAAUACUGUUGCUAAAAUUGUGGGCCCUAAUUUGCUAGCAAGUGAAGAUCAGAAUUUUCAUGCAAAGGAAGAAUGUUUCUCGUCUAUCUUUGGCUUGGCAAUGAAAUGUCUAGCUGUAAUGCCUGAUGAAAGGAUUAACAUGAUGGAAACGACAGCUACAUUGCAGAGGAUUAAAGCUAAAUUUGUGGCUGACACUACAAAUCAUCAACAAUAUGCAUUGUCCAUUAUUUCGAGACAAUAG